CAGGGGAGGCGACGUGAUUCUCGCCCAUUCAACUUAGGCGACGCGAUAUACCCAAGAUCUCCAACUUGGAUAUCCUUCAGCGACCAAACUGUGACGAUAACAGCGACGAAUUCAAGCUCAUUUGUUGUUUGCUUUGUUUCCUUGUGCUCUGGGGACACAUUACCAACGUUCUUCCCCAACUUAACCCGUGGCGGCGUGUAAAUCGCCCACGAUCCCGGCGUCGCUUAAAAACACCCCGCACUAAAAACCGGCGCCGCCUUUUUUUCUUCCAGAACAAUAUAACACCAAACAGCCUAGAAACAAAAAAAAAUAAGCCUUUUCCGAGUUGGAAUACCUCAGAAUGGCUGGUGACGCAAUGGACGUGGAAAAGGCUGAGCAGAAGCUCAAGUCUAUGGACCACUCAGAACAGCAUUACUUUAACAGCUAUAACCACCAUGGCAUCCACGAGGAGAUGCUCAAGGACGAGGUCCGCACAAAAUCCUACAUGAACGCGAUUGUGCAAAACAAGCACUUGUUCAAGGACAAGGUCGUGCUCGACGUCGGCUGCGGUACAGCAAUUCUGUCCAUGUUCGCAGUCAAGGCCGGUGCCAAACACGUCAUUGGCGUCGACAUGUCAACCAUCAUCUUCAAGGCCCGCGAGAUUGUCGCCCUCAACGGCAUGGCCGACAAGAUCACGCUCAUCCAGGGCAAGAUGGAGGAGAUCGAGAUGCCGUUCCCCCAGGUCGACAUCAUCAUCUCGGAGUGGAUGGGAUACUUUUUGCUCUACGAGAGCAUGCUCGACACGGUCCUGUACGCCCGCGACAGGUAUCUGGUCAAGGACGGCCUCAUCUUCCCCGACAAGGCCAUCAUCUACGCCGCGGGCAUCGAGGACGGCGAGUACAAGGACGAGAAGAUUGGCUUCUGGGACAACGUCUACGGCUUCGACUACUCGCCGCUCAAGGAGACGGCCCUGUCGGAGCCCCUGGUCGACACGGUCGACAUCAAGGCCGUCGUCACCGACCCGGCCCCGGUCCUGACCCUGGACCUGUACAAGUGCACCACGGCCGACCUGGCCUUCAGCAUACCCUUCAGCCUGACGGCCCGCCGCGACGACUUCAUCCACGCCCUGGUCUCGUGGUUCGACAUUGAGUUUGCCGCCUGCCACAAGCCCAUCCGCUUCUCCACAGGACCCCACACAAAGUACACCCACUGGAAGCAGACCGUCUUCUACCUCAACGAGGUCGUCACCGUCCACCAGGGCGAGGAGGUCAAGUGCAACCUGCAGGUCAAGCCCAACGACAAGAACCGUCGCGACCUCGACAUCAAGCUCGACUACACCCUCGAGACCCAGGACCAGACUAGGACGGCUGGUGGGGAGUGCACGUACAAGAUGUGCUAAGUUGCGAGGAUGAGGGGAGAGAUGGACUUGUUUAAAAGUCGAGAAGAAGAAGAAGAAAAAAACAAACCAAUAUAUCCUUGUUACCUUUUUUUCAUGCAACAGGGAUUGUUGAGCUCGUGCUGAGAGUAGAUGCUGUUUCUUUCUUGACUUUUGACAAAUGACAAACUUUUGACGA